AUGGCAUCAAACGAUCAUCUUAUCGUUAUGAACGCCUACGCUCUUUUCUUGGCUCUCGCCGUCAUUUUCGCUUCUGCUGAGGCUGCUAACCGUUAUGGAUGGCCAGAUUCCUAUGAGAGAUUCCUUGAGAGACAAGGAGUCUGGGACUUCAAGAAACACGAGGUGACUUCCGUCUACAAGCGUCGUGGAAGCUACGAACGUGACCUCCGUGAUCUCUUUGACGAUUGGAAGAAACAAACCAGAUGGGGACAAAAGGACUACAAAUCCAACAAGUACUCACCACCAAAGGGAGGUUUCGGACGUUACGGAUUCCCAGGAGGAAAGUAA